GUAAAUACUACUGUAUAAUUAUGUAAUAAAAUUUGAUUAUAUGAUAUGGUAAUUUUGUUAUCUAAGAUUACAGUUCUACACUGUAGGAUGUAGAUAUAUAUUUCUAAUCUUUUAAUUAAUGAGACCACCUCACCCUGUGUUCUCGUACUGUUUGCUCUUUAUUUACUGGGCAAAAACAAGCCGUCGUACUUUUCAAUAAUGACAAGUUUGAAAGUUAUCGGCGUGGGACUAGGCAGGACUGGUACAAGAUCUCUGCAAGCAGCUUUAGAAGAACUCGGGUUCGGUCCAGGCUAUGACAUGCUCAGAGCGUUCCACAAUACCCACCUUUAUCAUCUAUUUCAGAAACUACACGAGGAUGAGGAGGAUAACUCUAGUUUACUUCAGUUGCUUCAUGGCUUCUCUUCUACUUUAUCAUAUCCCGGGUGCUUGUUUUACGAACAGCUAAUGGAAUGGAAUCCGGACGCCAAAGUUAUACUGACAGUAAGAGACAGUCCAGAUUUAUGGGUCACUUCAGCUCAAGAGACAAUAUUCAGUGGCAACAAGAAGCAGUCAUGGUUAGCUUGGAAAAUUAAAAGAUUUAUAUUUUCCUAUAUGAUGGCAUCGUACGUUUAUUGGGUCAUGAAAAUUAUGGUCGUAGUUCAUGGGGUCGACCCUAAUGACCCAAAAACAGAUCUAGCUCAGAUGUAUACAGAUUGGAACAACAGAGUUAUUGAAACUGUGCCUGCUGAAAAACUCUUGAUAUUCAAUGUGAAGGAAGGAUGGAAGCCACUGUGUGAUUUUCUUGGGGUCCCAGUUCCUGAUACACCGUUUCCUAGGGUGAACACCGAGGAGCAGUGGAAAAGGAGAGUCGGAGCGAAAGUCAGUACUAACUUACGACGUGCCGGGUUGAAAUUAUUGUUAUUUGUUGGUUUUAUGAGCUGUAUAUUGUUCUUUUUAUUUUUAAAGAUUUAAGACAGUUAAUGUAACUAUGUAAUUUAGCUCGGAUUAUU